CCGUCCAAUCCUCCCCAUAUUUUACACUAAUUUAAUAUACUAUCGUAAUUUAUUAUACACCGGCCAACGGUUGUAAUAAAUGUCAUCGUUAUAACUUCUUAUUGUCACGAUCACGUUACAGGAACCCGUUUUUAUCGAUUACAUUUUCUCCCCAUUUUUCUUUUGCUCCUUUUUUCUAAUACUAUACAUACAUUAUAAAAAAUUAUACAAAAGAUAGAAUAUAUCACAACAACACUAUCCAGUGACGACAGCAACCAAGUCAAUCAAUUGCGACAGAUAUACAAUAAGGCGAUAAAAAUAUGGCAACAAAUUGGUGGAAAUUAAUAGUCUUGCAAAUAUUGAUAACUACUGCAAUUGGUUCAACUGGAUUGGAGCUUGGUGACGAUUCAAAAUUGUCAAAUGAAAAUAUGAUUUUGUUAUUUAAACAGUUUUUAGAGGAUAUAAAAAAUCAACAUACCAUCAAAGAUAACGAGAAAAUAGAGAAAAUAAAAGAUUUAUAUCAACCAUUGUCAUUGACAUCAAUAAAUGGCAAAUAUUUUGACAAAUUCACAGAGAAUGAAUUAAAAAAUGAGGAUUUACAGCAAUCAACAUUUGAAAAUCUUCAAAAUAUGAAAAGUAUUGAACAUUUUAACAAGAAAAGUGAUAAAACAAAUUUAUGUUAUUUUAAGAUUUGCAACAAAAAAAAAUCCAUAGAUGACUAUGACAAUUUCAUCCGUUAUGUAACAAAAAGAUAUUACAAUACACAACAGUUUUAA